CCGUUGCAAAUGCAUUAUCAAAGUGUCCCAUUCCUUAAGCUAGUUGUUUGUGGAAUUAGCGAAAUUACUAAUGGGUAUUUAAGCCGUUUACCCAUACGAGCUGAUGUUUUUUAUUUGUACUUAUUGUGGUGAUAAAAGACGUUGCCGGGGUUCUCAUAAAGCAGUCAAACAUUGCUUGUCGUCGUCCUCUUCGUCCUGACGCCAGCGCAAGACUCCCUCUGGCCCGCACGGAAACGAAAAAUCCAAUAAAAUAAAUGUAUGUGUGAAUUAUUCGUGGGUCGCGUGCCGUGCUGUGUUCUGUGUAAAAUGGCUCUCGACCGCGGCUCAGUUAGAAUCCACCAUUCGUACGCCGCAGUUGCCAACGCUUCAGGAGUAGCUUUAAAAUGACGACACAACGACACACACAAGCCGUCAAUCCACGCGCCAAUGUCUUCAUACUGGUCAAUCUUGGCUGUGAGGCAUUGUUCGUAAUUGACCAACGGCUGAAGGCCCAACAAAUCGAGUCCGACAAAUCCGUUCAGGUCAUACACGAUGUGAUUUCUGUGCUGUUGGAGCCCAAAUUCAUAGAGUCGCUAAUCAAUGGAUCUGUGCACAGUGAAGCCCAACUGUUGACGGCCGAGCACUGCAAGUUCAUGUUAAAUGACAUCGCCACCUGUUCGCUUAUGCGGCUCACCGAGACGUCUAUGGAUAAGCUGUGGAAUCUGAUGACAAUGGUCUACAAGUGGCAAUUGUUUGUGUCACAGCAUCAGCAUAAUUUGCUGGAUAUAACAUUUCGUCACCUAGACGCCAUCAACAAGCUGCACCCAGACGCAAAGCGUCAUAUGCUCAUCGAUUUCAGCAAGAAUACUUUAUUGGAUUUCUGGAAUUCCUGCGGCGAAGAGCAACAGCUGUCCAUCUAUCGCACCAAUAAGGCCUGGUUACAGUGCUUCAAUACAAAGAUAUCGUUGCUGAUACGCCUUGGAUUUCAGGCUAUGGAUGGCAGCUUCAUCAAUGCAAUGGAUCAGAGUCAUUAUUUAGACUAUGCCAAGUGCAUUGGUGAGAAUAUCUACAUAAAGAGCAGCGAACUCGCUCAGCAACAGCAACAACAGGAGCCAAAUCGCAUGGAUCAACUGGCUGCCCAGCUAAGCAUCGGCCAGACGCCACUUGCGGCUGGUGAGGAUUUGCAGCCCAUCGAUGCGGGUCGGUUUCAGAAGCAGUUUGAGCAAACAUUCUCCCACACAUUGUUCGCUGAUUUAGAUAACAACGCUACGACCCAGACGCAGAGCAAUCCAAAUGCCUCAGGUUGUGAGUUUGUGCAGCUGCUGACAGCGGACAGCAAUCCUAAUCCAAAUAUCAAUGCGGAACCAACGAGCAGCACUGGAAGCGGCUCAGUGCUCAAUCAGCAACUGAUCGAUUUGUACAGCAAAAUGCACUAAAAAUCUAAGGCAGGGGUAAGAGAGUGAGGGUGUAAUGCAUAAUUAGAAAAUAUUGUAUUUGUUUGUAAAAUAAUUACAAAAAAGUAGUUUUCUUUCGUUUUGUUUUUUUUUUAUGCAGUUUCGAAGACAUUGGUGAUCCAACCACAUUACAAAUAAAAAUUUUGAGCUUGCGACCUAGUUAAGUUUUAAGUUUUUCAUAUGCGUCAGAUCGAAACGAACUAAAAUCUUAAACUUUUCAACAUUUUAGGAGGGGAGGCAUUAAAAAGUGAGUGCAAUAUAAUUUAACUAAAAUGUACAAUUUAACAAAAGAAUUUUAACAAAAAAUAAUCCAAAAUUCGUAUUUGUGAGUGUUUUUAACUUAUCAAUUAUUCAAAUUUAACAACUGCUGCAGCUGCCAAAAUAUUAAUGCGGACAUUGUAUGGCAUCAAAAA